UUGGGUACAUUGAAAUGUAGUUCUUCAUAAACCCUAAACUUAAAAAUCCUAAACUUUUUGUUUAUCGAUUUCUCCACUUCAUCGGUACAGAUGAUCCAAAACCCAAUUUCCUGGUAAAUUACAGAAGUAAUUUAUACAGUGGAGAUUUACAGGCAUGGCAUCAUCAAUAGCUUCUUCUUCAAUAAGAAGAACUAGAUCAAACCAUCAUUUGUCAUCCAUAGAUAUCUUGCUGAAAUUGACAAGAAUUGGAUUCGCUCAAGGUAGAGGUGGAUUACGUAGCAUUUACAGCAGUAGCAGUACUGAUCAUCGUCUAGAAGCUCCAUCAACAUUUCAAUCACCAUCAAUUUUGGAUAUUGGAACAUACAAGGAAGAAUUUGAGAUAGGGUCUCACUGUAUUACGUUUGAAGCAGGGGGGGAUGAUAAAGGAGUCUCCUUUUGGAACCAUUUCUUCAGUUCGGACGACAUCUACUUUUAAUUAUAAGAAAUGUGGAUCACCUUUUUAUCGAAAUGUUAUUAUUGAGGAUGAAGUAGAAAGCACCACUGUCAAAUCCACUGUUUCAUCUGUUCCUAUUGGUUUCAUUUCUGAAUCUUUUCCCCUAAAUGUUGAUUAUCAAAGAAGGCAGUUUUCAAGUAAGAAGAUUCUCGGCACACAAUUUCCCCACCACUUUUCCCCCCUGGCUUCAACCACGAGGUCAAGGGGAAUGCAACAGUUCUUGGCUAUGAUGAACAGCAGGACACAGAUAUGAUGACUGUGAAUGCCACGUCUGCUGCUCUUAUGCUAUCAGAUAUUCCUUGGGCUGGACCAAUUGGGGUCGUACGUUUAGGGAUGAUAUUUGGAGACUUUGUUAUUAAUCCUGCAAUGGAUGAGCUGAAACUAAGUGAUCUGGACUUGGUUUAUGCCUGCACCCAAGAUAAAACCUUAAUGGUGGACGUACAGGCUCAAGAGGUUUCAGAGAGAGAGAUCUAAAAGCCGCAUUACAACUAGCACAUUCUGAGGCUGUAAAGUAUCUUGACCCUCAAAGAAGAUUGGCUUCUAAAGCUGGGAGGCGCAAGGAUGACAAGUUAGCGAUGCUAGCUCUGAGGAUAGACAAAAAGGUCGAGAGCUUGGCGGAAGCACCGAUUGGAGCUGUUCUUACUGAUCCCAAGUUACGGAAGUUUGAGCAUGAGAAGGCGCUGGGUAAGAUUAACCAAGAUGUAAAAAGAAUAUUGGAGGAGGAAGAUUAUGAUGUGGAUUGCAUAGAUGGUCUUCCAAAGAUGAUUGAUACCCUGACGAAAAAGGUUUUCCUCAACAGGAUUAUUAAGAAAGAUAGUAGAGUUGAUGGGAGGCAUCCUGAUGAAGUUCGACCCCUAUGUUUUAAGUCCAGUAACCGGACAGAAUUGAAUGGUUCAUCACUUUUUGCAAUAGGAGAUACGCAGGUUCAAUGUGUGGUCACUCAAAGAAGCCCUAUAUACGAUGAAGCUCGGUUCAUGGGUACUUGGCGAACUGGUGAGCCCGAAUAUGACUACAUGCUUCGACCCUUUAUGAUCAAUGAAGAAGGGAAAGAAGGUCCUCUUAUAGAGAGAGCUCUGGUAAUUCCACUACCUAAAGAAGUUUCUUUCCCCUACAUCGUUCGUGUGAACACAGAAGUCAAAGAUUCUGACGGUUCAACCUCUAUGACCACUGUUUGUGCAGGUAGUAUUGCUUUAAUGGAAGCAGGCAUUCCACUUACCACACAUGUUGCAGGCAUUACAGUGGGUGUGGUUACUGAAGUUGAUCCAUUUGAUGGAAAAAUUAGUGAUUACCACAUUCUAACAGAUUUGUCGAGUUUGGAAGAGCAUCUCGUGGAUGUGAUUUUCAAUGUUGCAGGUACGCGGAAAGGAGUAACUGCAGCUCAAUUGGUUGUAAAUCAUGCUGGGGUUCCUCUAGAUAUCAUAUGCCAGUGCUUAGGACCCGCAUUAAAAGGUCGCCAUCAUAUCCUUAACCAUAUGGAACAAGAGAUUAACGCUCCCUGUUCUUCUCAUCUCGACGACUGGGAUAGGGUCGACUCAGAUCUAGUUGUGUUCGAGCUCACCGCUGAUUCCCUUGAACGAUUGGUAGGUCCUGAUGGAGCUCGAAAGAGACAAUUUGAACGUGAAACAGGAGGGCGAAUUGUAUGUAUCGUUGACGAUCAGGUUACCAUAGCUGUGAAGAAUGAAACAGGUCUUAGAGAAGUCAGGAAAAAGGAAGCAGAGUCUUAUUUGGGUGCUUAGAUACGAAACUAUACAUUUCAUAGAGUUAGGGAUGUUGCUCCUAACAAGGCUAUGUUUUGCGUAUGUUUUCCACUGCCAGAAGAAGCAUGUUUUGCCGAUGAACUCUAGCCUGACGGCACUGAUAGAUUUGUUAUUCGGUGCAGGCUAUGUUUUGCGUAUGUUUUCCACUGCCGGAAGAAUCAUAUUUUGCCGAUGAACUCUAGCCUGACGGCACCGAUGCAUCUGUGUAGUUGAGUCGACACUCGGAAGUAACCUUUGCAUGAGUCAUACAUUUAGGUAGGGGGUGUGAUUACACCAUAUCAUAGCAAUGUCGAGAGACAGGAUAUCAAACCAGGAUAUCAAACUAAAAUCGCUGAGCUGAGUGUACAAGUGAAGAGAAUUUUGUCAAGUGGUAGUAUGAGCUUUAAGAUAUUGUUUAGUGACUUUCCCCUUUCAGCUUUUCUAUUUCAUGGUCAACAAAAAGUGGUAAUCUGUAAACUGCACAAUCUGGACAUAGUCAGGGUUUAGAAUUUGUAGCACUUUCGAGCAGCAGGAUGGCCCGACUGCAAACUUUCUGUUUAACAAUCACAAUUGAAAGAAGAUUUUUGAAAACCUACUUUACAGCCCA